GGGCAAAAGUGGCCGAUGAGUGAACUCACAGCGGAAGCAAACCCAUAGGGAGAGAGAGGGGGAGAAGGAGGGAGAGAGAAGGAUCGAUCAGCCAUGGCCGAAGAUUAAUGAUAUUCCAGAGCCGUGAUUUCUUCCGUGUAAGGGCUGUUUCUUAUGCUUGUUGUCUGCGUGGAAUGUUGACUAGCUGUCUCUAGUGAGAAUGCCUGCUACAGAUUACCAGGGUACUUCUGUGCCUUUUGGGUCAUUAGGACGUACAAUUCUAAGUCUGAGACGUGAACAGGUUCAUUCAAUGGAGGGGAGUUCUGAAUCUGGGUCUGCACAAGAGCAGAGGCUUGAGGCCUUCCAGCGGAUGGUCACUGAGAACUUCAACCAACUUGCUUCCUGUAAUCCGGAUGAGCUUCUUUCAUUGUCUUGGAUUCGCCGCCUUCUGGAUGCAUUCCUCGCCUGUCAGGAAGAGUUUAGGCUAAUCCUUAUGAAUCACAGGUUCCAGUUUGCAAAACCUCCUCUUGAUCGUCAAACAGCUGAAUUUUUUGAGCGCAGCGUCAAGGCUCUUGAUCUCUGUAAUGCUAUUCGCGAUGGGAUUGAGCAGGUCCGACAAUGGCGCAAGCAGCUUGAAAUUGUACUGUCUGCAUUGGAUGCACGCCAUCGUACUCUUGGGGAGGGACAGUUCCGUAGGGCAAGGAAAGCCCUUAGCGAUCUGGCUGUUGGAAUGCUUGAGGAAAAGGAGUCUGGAUCAUUUCUGGCCCAGAGAAAUAGGUCUUUCGGACGGAAUUCCACCAAGGAACGAACGGUGGGUCAUUUCCGGUCCCUUUCAUGGAGUGUAUCCCGCUCUUGGUCAGCUGCCCGCCAGCUUCAGGCUAUUGGGAACAACCUGAACCCACCACGGAGCAAUGAUAUAUUAGCAACUGGUGGUCUUUCUGUUCUUGUAUACACCAUGAAUACAAUUCUUCUCUUUGUCAUGUGGGCCCUGGUUGCAGCAAUUCCUUGUCAGGAUCGGGGCAUUCAGAUACAUUUCUCAGUUCCACGACAUUUUUCGUGGGCAUCUUCUGUUCUCCCUCUGCAUGAGAAAAUAAUGGAGGAAGCAAAGAAGAGGGACCGAAAAAAUUCUUGUGGGCUUCUUAAGGAAAUACACCAGAUCGAGAAAUGUGCCCGUCAAAUAACAGAGUUGGCAGACUCCGUCCACUUCCCGUUGCCGGAGGCCAAACAGAAGGAAGUUAGGCAAGGAGUUGACGACUUAGCUCAUGUGUGUGAAACAUUGAGAGAUGGGCUUGACCCAUUCGAGCGCCAGAUUAGGGAUGUCUUCCACAGAAUUGUCAAUAGCCGAACUGAAGGUCUCGAUUGUUUGGGGAGACCACACAGUUCUGAGUAGCAUGCUGUGCCAGAUGGAUGGCUAUCCUGAUGUAAAUUUUUUGCAAUUGAUAUUGUUUUUCUUUUUUUCUUUUUCUGAGCAUUUGGCUUUCAGGAUGUGAUUUUAUUGUUUUAAUGGAAGGAAAGAUAUAGAUAUACUCCGUUCCCCUGCUCACCAAGAAUAAGAUGUUCUUGUGAUAUGAUAGGAAGCAGGUUGCACCUUCUGUAUCUACUAUGUAUUUUGUACAAAAAAGUAUUGUUAUCACCUUGUCAUUAGUGCUAUAUCUUGGCUCCUGUCUUCAUUGUAUUAUUUCUCACAAUGUUUUAAAUACUUAAUUCCUUAA